AUGGCCACAGGACAUGAACGUUACAUCGACGACUAUGAGUCCGGAGUCAAGUCCGGGCGCAUAGCUCAACCGCCACGCCGGCUCAUGAAGUUCAUUGACAAAAUAUACGAAAUACAGAACCACACGUGCAUCCUUCUUGCGAGAGUGAAGGAAAUAAGAAUCUCAACACCGGCCACGGCUUCCCGUGAAGAGGCCCAGAGGAUUUUCGACGAAUCAAUCGAUCCUCUUUCGGAGAGCCUAAAGUAUCUCCUCGACAUCGUACAGACCGUUUAUGUUGACUUUCAUUUUGCACGUCUCCGUGCCAUAAGAAGUGUGUCGCCACCCAAAGUCCUCAGGAGUCUGGACAAUUUGGAGGCGCUAUGGAGGGAAGCAAUAGAGGAGGCCGAGCACGUGCUGGACGGGGCUCUAGACGACUUGAAGCAACACAUCGCGUUUCAUGGAGUGGUGUGCGGCCUGAACGAUAUCUUUGAAGAGCAUCUUUAAGGCUACGGUUGCAUGUGAUCCGCUCGAUCGGUCCCCCACUCAUCGCUCGACCGCCUCAAUCUUCAUCGGGAGGACAGGAUGAACUUCCCUUGUCCUCGACCUCGCUCAACGAAGACAACAUGGUGCACUCACAACCCUGGACCCCCUUUCCCAUGUCAUCGAACACGUCGACUAAGCAAACUCGUUGCUGCUACUUGGCCGCGGAGUAAGGUCAAGCCUUUAUAAGCCAUACGGUGUGCGGUGAUGCGAGCCCGGUGGCUACCUUGACAACCCAGCCCAAGACGACCGGCCAUUCCGCGAAGUUGGUCACCUCGAUACUGCCCGUCUGGUCCUUAACAACAAUGGUCAUAGGUACGACUUACAAGAAAGUCCCGGCUACCGUGGCUCCCGCAACUCCAUAUGUCUCGGUCUGGACUCUCGGCCGAGUCGCUCGAGGAGGUUCAGGGUCUCUGUGGUGCUUGGGCUGGUUGGCUGCAUCCCAAACCAUCAUGAUACCUCUAGAAAACAUUCAUGAACAGGACAGGUAGAGAAGCAAGCGGGAAGACCAUGGUCAAGCGUAAGGGAUAUAGUUUUCUUUAGUUAGGGAAAAGCUGGUCGAGUGAUGAAUUCAGAGAUAUCUCC